CCAGUAAACUGUAGUGCCUGUUUAGUGUCAUCCAGGACUUGUGUACUUCUCGCGAAAUACGGGAAGAUGACGCACUCAUCGCGAGACGAAGCUGGGCGUGGUUUUACAUCAGCAUCCUAUGCACGAGUUUCUUGAACUGCUUGGUCUGUGCGCACUGUCGUCCAAAGUGUGGCCGAGUGAAUGUCAUGGGGAAAGCCAAGCGGACUGGGGCGCGGAGGCAGGUCCACAAAGCGCCCGCAGGGGCAUCCGGAGGUCCGGCGAAGACUAACCCAAACCCAUUUGAAGUGAAAGUCAACCAGCAGAAGUUCCAGAUCCUUGGCAGGAAGACGCGCCACGAUGUGGGCCUGCCCGGGGUGUCCCGCGCUCGUGCCAUCAAGAAGAGAACCCAGACUUUACUAAAGGAGUACAAAGAAAGGAACAAGUCCAAUGUGUUCGCAGACAAACGCUUUGGGGAAUAUAAUAGCAACAUAAGCCCAGAGGAAAAGAUGAUGAAGAGAUUUGCUCUGGAGCAACAGCGAUAUCAUGAGAAAAAGAACAUCUACAACCUAAAUGAAGAUGAAGAAUUGACUCAUUAUGGCCAGUCCUUGGCUGACAUUGAAAAGCAUAAUGACAUUGUGGAUAGUGACAGUGAUACUGAAGACCGGGGGGCAUUGUCAGCUGAACUGACUGCUUCCCACUUUGGUGGUGGGGUCCACAAGAACACCUCUCAGAAGGAGGGCGAGGAUGGAGACAAGCCAAAGACACGGAAGGAACUGAUUGAGGAGCUCAUUGCAAAGUCAAAGCAAGAGAAGAGGGAAAGACAGGCGCAGCGAGAAGAUGCCCUUGAGCUCACAGAGAAGCUGGACCGAGACUGGAAAGAAGUCCAGAUUCUCCUGUCACGAAAACCUAAGAACUCAGAAAACAAAGAGAAAAAGGAAAAACCCCAGCCCGAUGCAUAUGACAUGAUGGUUCGUGAGCUUGCCUUUGAAAUGAAGGCUCAACCCUCUAACAGGAUGAAAACAGAAGAGGAACUAGCAAAGGAGGAGCAAGAGAGGCUCAAGAAACUGGAGGCUGAAAGACUUCGAAGAAUGCUUGGAAAAGAUGAACAUGAAAAUAAAAAGAAACCAAAACAUACAUCAGCAGAUGAUUUAAAUGAUGGCUUUAUACUGGAUAAAGACGAUAGGCGCUUGCUUUCUUACAAGGAUGGGAAGAUGAACAUUGAAGAUGUCCAGGAAGAGCAAAGCAAGGAAGCAGAUGACCAAGAGAAUGACCAGAAAGAGGGAGAGGAUGAGAGUGAGGAAGAGGAUGAGAGCCAUGAGGACUCAGAAGAGAGUGAGGACCCAGACAGCCACUCGGACCUAGAAUCUAAUAUAGAGAGUGAGGAGGAAAACGAGACACCAAAGAAGGAGCAACGUCAGACUCCUGGGGGGAAGUUGCCAAAGGGUGACCAGAAAGCGCAAAAGGCUAUUGGAGCUGAGCUGCCCUAUGUCUUUGCAGCUCCUGAAUCCUUUGAGGAGCUGAAGUUUUUAUUGUCAGGAAGAUCAAUGGAAGAGCAACUUUUGGUGGUGGAGAGAAUUCAGAAGUGCAACCAUCCAAGUCUUGCAGUAGGAAACAAAGCAAAAUUGGAAAAAUUGUUUGGCUUCCUCUUGCAAUACAUAGGAGAUUUGGCUACAGACAGCACACCAGACCUCAAGACCAUCGAUAAGUUGGUUGUGCACUUAUAUAGUCUUUGCCAGAUGUUUCCUGAAUCUGCAAGUGACUCCGUAAGAUUUGUUCUCCGAGAUGCCAUGCACGAGAUGGAAGAAAUGAUUGAGACCAAAGGCCGGGCAGCGUUUCCAGGGUUGGAUGUGCUCAUUUAUUUGAAAAUCACUGGGCUGUUGUUUCCAACCUCUGAUUUCUGGCAUCCGGUUGUGACCCCUGCCCUGCUGUGUAUGAGCCAGAUGCUUACUAAGUGUCCAGUCAUGUCCCUACAAGAUGUGAUAAAGGGCCUGUUCGUGUGCUGCUUAUUCCUGGAGUACGUGUCCCUGUCUCGGAGGUUCAUCCCCGAACUAUUCAAUUUUCUACUUGGGAUUCUUUAUAUAGCAACUCCAAACACAAAGAGCCAAGGUUCCACUCUGGUGCACCCUUUUAGAGCACUUGGGAAGAACUCGGAAUUGCUCGUGGUCUCCAACAAAGCAGAUGUGACCACCUGGCAGAGGGGAAGCCUCCCCUUGCACUGGGCAAAUAGACUGAGCACCCUGACAGCGACUGAGGCAAAUCACACCAGGCUGUCCUGCGUAGCCUCGUGUUUGAGCCUGAUGAAGCACUGUGUGCUCAUGUACCGGGCACUGCCGUCCUUCCAUGCCAUUGUCAGGCCCCAUCAAGCCCUCCUGGCGAAGCAUCUUGCAGACUGUAGCCUCCCCCAAGAACUUCAGGAACUGUCUCAAAGCAUACUGUCAGAAAUGGAAAGCCAGAAGCAGCACUGCCGGCCGCUGGUGUGUGAGAAGAGCAAGCCCGUCCCACUGAAACAGUUCACCCCCCGGCUAGUCAAAGUGCUUGAGUUUGGACGGAAACAAGGCAGCAGUAAAGAAGAACAGGAAAGGAAAAGACUAAUCCACAAACACAAGCGGGAGUUUAAAGGCGCCGUCCGAGAGAUCCGAAAGGACAAUCAGUUCCUGGCCAGGAUGCAGCUCUCAGAAAUCAUGGAAAGGGAUGCAGAAAGAAAGCGUAAAGUAAAACAGCUUUUUAAUAGCCUGGCCACGCAAGAAGGUGAAUGGAAGGCUCUUAAGAGGAAAAAGUUCAAAAAAUAAAUUGUCUUGUAAAUGUA